AUGGCGCCGCCAAGCGCGUACCUGUGCCCGAUCACGCAGGACGUGAUGGUCGACCCGGUCGUGACGAUGGACGGCCACUCGUACGAGCGGUCGGCCAUCGUGCGCUGGAUCCAACGCAGCCAAGCCGAGUCGCGGGCCGGCGUGGCCACAAGCCCGUUGACCAACCUGCCGUUGCGCUCGACGCAGCUCAUUCCAAACCUUGCGCUCAAGAAGGCCAUCGCCGAGUACAAGAGCGAGCUAGACGAGCGGCCGGCCAAGCGGUACCGGUUCAACGUGACCAUUCCCACGGACUUUACCGCUGAAGCCGCGCCCGAGCUGCGCCGCAGCGCCGCGCUGCCGCAGAGCGGCCUCUUUGCCUACCGCGCGCUGCAGCGUCUCGCUUUGUACAGCAAGCCGUCGGUGCGCAGCGUUCCCUUGCCGCGCGGGUUGGUCGCCGACGAGAUGUUCUUCGUCUCCGAGCGUCGUUAUGCCGCCGACUCGAACCACGUCUUCUUGCUGCUGGAGGGCGGCGGCGACGAGAGCCUCCGUGGCUUGUACGUCCUCGCACAGGCCGUGUCGGCCCCCGCACCGGUCGGCACGACCGUGGCGACAGACCUGCGCGCGCAGGACCCGGUCACGCGCGCCGAGUUUGUGCGCCUCGACAACUGCUCGUUGUGGCUACCGGUCUCACGCCUCGCACCGCGCGCCUUGAGCACACAGCGCCUCCUCCUCUGUCCGAGCACGGACGUGUCCGUGUACCGCAACAUGUACACGACGCCGUCAAGCCCCGUUCUCGAGACGCUACCGGCGCGGACAAGCAUAGUGUCCUCUGCCCACCUCACACUGGGCAAUGUGUGCUUUGCCCGCGUGUCGAUCGGUCGCGUCGACGGCUGGAUCCAAGUCGAUACGAACGCCGUCUACCGGCGCCGGCCCUCGCAGAUCGCCGAGGAAGCCGCGGGGCGGUCCAUCCCUAUCGCGCUUCUGCAAGGUGACUACUAUCUCCUCGCGCUCAACGAGGUCCAAGGCCACGGUGGCGUCGGCCAACGAGUCUACUACUUCCUCCCGAAUCGGAUGGCGGAAGCGGUCGCCGCCUGCACUGAGGCGGGCCGGCACCUCACGCAUGCAGCGCUUGGCCCCGACGGCCAGUGGUACCUGAGCAGCGUCGUGCCCGGCAGCUUGUAUGGCAAGUGCGUCGCCAGCGACAACGUUCCGUACGACUUCGAGUGCGAAAUGACGCCGGAAUGCCUCGUCGCGUUUGGCAACAAGGGUCGGUACCUGCUUCUGGACAAGGACAACUCGUCGUACGACUGCGAUGGGCUGGACUUCAAGACGGCGGACGUGCUCAAUGACGACCCGGACGUCAUCACCUUUGGCUUCAACGGGAGCUCGGGCUUUUUUCUCAAGCACACGAAUGGCGUCGUGACGCAGAACGUGCCGCGGUGGGUCCGAGAGGAUGUAUUGGACGCUCGACCGCCGCGCGGCUACGGGUCGCUCAUCUGGCUGUCACUCUGCCUCGAGGAGUACGUGGCCAUCUACGAGCACGCAUUCUAUGCGACGCACUACGUGCCCAAGGCGAUGUAUGACGCGCUCUCUGCAUUCUACAGCCGCCACCACCGAAUGCGCAACGACCGCCGCCAGCUCAUUGAAGAUUACGACGAGCUCGUCGCCUGA